AUGCUCCACGGCAGCAAGGGGAUAACCACUAUCGUAGCAGAAGGCAACGCAACUUUCCACCGUUUGGUCUGGAAAGGAGUGUACGAGGGGACCGCGGCAGAAGAGGUCGAGGUCGAGGUCGCGGAAGAAGUGCUCGUCGGGGACGCACUGGUAGGAGGUGGGGUCCGAACUGUAGAAGUCGAACUACUGGUGUCGGUUGCGGAGAGUGUAGAAGAAUCAACACUUGACAAAGUACUGGCGGAUGCCGAUUGUUCGGUGCUGCGGCUUGUUGCAGAGGUGGUGCCUUCUGUGUUUGAAGCAGUGACGGUUGGAGAGGACUGCGCGGAAGAACUCGAAAUCACAGAAGAAGCGGAGGAACUAGAAGUGGUGGAGCUCGUGAUGGAUGCAGGGCUGUUGGUUGCUGUGUUUGAGGCGGAUGCCCCUGCAGAAAUAGAAGACGAAGUAGAAGCCGUCGAGCUGCUUUCGGUCGUGGCACUCGAGGCAGGCGUACGCACCGUACUACUGGGGGUGCUGGGUAGAGUGGUCGUCGCGGGGCUAGAUGCGGACGCGGAAGACUCGGUGCUCGCCGCCGAGCUGCUUGUUGUUGAAACUGAUGAAGAAGUUGCAGUCGAAGAGACAGGAGAUGAGAACACCGAGGAAGAGGAGGACAAUGAAACAGAAUCAGACAGCGACGCAGGAGAUGAAGAAGAGGCAGAAGUGGAGGUGUCGGUGAAGGGCGAAGAGGUUGAAAGUGACGAGGAGGCGGGGGAUGAGGAAGUGGCGGAGGAAGUAGAGGAAGACACGGUUGAGAACCCUGUGGCGGAAGAUGGUGUUGAGGCUGAGGCGGAGGUGACAGAGAGAGAGGCAGCAGACGACGAGGGAGAAGAUGAUGACGAGAAUGUGAGGGAUGCAGGAGAUGACGAGGAAGGCAAUGACGAAGAAGGGGAAGAUGAGGUAGAGAGGGGUGCCGAUGAAGAUGGGGGGACAGAUGAGGAGGAUAGUGAAGAGGAAGAGGUGGGCGACGAUUCGUUGGACGACGCGGAGACUGCGGAGGAUGAAGAGGAGGGCAAGGAUGAUGAGGUCUCGACGGAGCCUGAGGCGGACGAGACAGAGGACGAGGCUGGUGGGGUGGAAGAUGAGGUGAGGGGGGAUGAAGAUGUGGCGGAGGAAGACAAAGACGACGUGAGCGAAGAAGAGGUCGUGGCAGGAGACGAUGCCGUCCCUGUGUUAGACACAGAUACCGCAGAAGAUGAGGAUGAGGUAAAGGUGGAAGAAGAUGCAGAGGCGGUGGAAGACUGUGGUGAAGUGGAGUCAGUUGACGGGGAGCCAGUUGACGAGGAGCCAGUUGACGAGGAGCCAGUUGAUGAGGAGCCGGGUGCUGCAGACGAUGAAGACAUAGGGGAAGACGAGGUGAGCGCGGAGGAAGCUGAGAGAGAUCCAGAGCUCUCUGACGAUGAGCUCCCGGCGGAUGAAGUCGGGCCGGACAUGGAGGUGGGAGACGUGACAGUUGACGUUGUGCCAGACGCGGUGACGCUGGUUGCGGUCCCGGAGACUGUGGUCGUGGUCGACGAGGCAAUGACGACAACGGAAGUCUGGCUACCAGCGGAGCCUGGGCUGCUCCGAACCAGUCCAUCUGGACAGCUGCCGUCUGGGUCGGUAGGUGUCAAUUGGCUCGCGUCCAAUGAAUUGCUGCAGAUGCAUUCUGCACCGCCAUCGGCCUCUGCGGAGUACUCAUAUGCGCCGUUUGAGCAGGUCGUAGGGCAGUCUAGAAGAACCGCUCUGAUCUUUUCCGUGAACCUAGAUUGUGACGCAAAAGGGAACAAUGCCGGGAGUGGAGCGCAGCCGAGCGAGGUACUUCCAGAUGGAAGUGUGGUGGGCCCCGAUCCCGAGGCAGAGGUAGUACUAGAAGGACCUGCGCUGCCCGAAGAGACAGAGCUGGAGGUUUCGGUAGCCGACAUACCCGUGCUUGUGUCCAUUGAGCUUCCGGAGCUGGUCAAUGAAGCUGUCGCAGCAGAACCGGUGUCUGUCGAGCCACCAGAACCCCCGCCCGAACCGCCACCGAGAAUGCCACACAGAAUAGGAUCAAGCCCGCCGAGAAGACCGCCCAAACAGUCAGCGGUCGAGCUGGCAGUAGCGCUUGCCGUGUCAGUCACGAGAGUGCCGGUAGCGGUGAUGGACCCGGUUGCCAUCGUUGGGAAAGCACCACUGUGCGGUACUGAGUCAACGAACACUGCUACUGAGAUCACCGUCCGGGCAGCUGCCAUCGGGAUUAGUGGGAACAAUUUGGGACGCAUCCAGAGUGUUUGUGCAAAUGCACUCCGUGCCUUCUAA